AUGCCUGCCCUCACUCUCCCUCCUGCACCGCGCUGGAUAGCCCCGCCUGUCACCCAGGAGACUAUUCACUGGGCCGAUCUUGCUGUCAUUGACCUGGCAAAAGCUAAGACCCCGGAAGGUCGCGCCGAGCAAGUCCGGAUCGCCAGCAACGCGAUGCACAACGAUGGAUUUUUCUAUGUUGUGAAUCACGGGUUAGAACAGCCCAAGAAUGACCGCAUGCUCGACAUUGGCUCCGUCGCUUUUGACGGUGUCAGCAGGGACGAGAAACUUCGCUAUGAGGCUCGCAUCAAGGAGACAGGCACGUAUCUAGGAUACAAGCUGCCUCAAUACUGGCACAUCGCCAACGGGGUGAAGGACCGCAUCACCCACUAUAACUUGCCCCGUGAUGUGGCUGAGAGAGAUCACCCGGCUCCUCUGCGCCCGUUUCUUCCGGAGGUGCAAAAUAUGAUACAGUUCACGCAUUGCGAGGUUCUCGGAGAAGUCCAGAAACUACUCUCACUUGGUCUCGAACUUCCCGAGAACACCCUGAGCGAUCUGCACGCGUUUGACGACACGAACCACUCCUUCUGGAGAUUCAUGAUGUACGAUCCCCGGUCUGCCGAAGAAGAGGAGAAGACCGAUGGCGUGUGGAUGAAAGGCCAUGCUGACCACAUGAGCUUCACUGCGCUCUGGAGUCAGCCGAUCUCUGCUCUUCAGAUCAAGGAUCGGGAUGGUAAGUGGCGAUAUGUCAAGCACAUCCCUAACGCUGUUAUCAUCAACUGUGGUGAUUUCACGGAGUACCUCACGGGUGGCUACUACAGGUCGGCUGUACAUCGCGUCAUCAAGCCUCCCGCAGACCAGGACGGCUUCCGCCGGUUGCAGUGCAUCUACUUUCAGUACACCGCAGACCCUGUCGUUCUCAGGCCCCUCAUGGACAGUCCUGUGCUCCAGCGCGAGGGGAUCACGAAAACGCUCGAGACGGACACCCCGCCGACCAUGGAGCAGUGGCGCAAGACGCGCACCGGCGUGUACGGCGUAUCCGAACUCAAGAAGGCACCGGAUGGCAGCGAGUACGAAAUUGUUCUUGGAGCACGCGUCAUUCAUCACAAAUAA